CUCCCCUUCUUCCCUCCCUACCUCCCUCCCCCUUUCUUUCUUUCUUUCUUUUAAAUACUAAAUCUCCAUAAAGUGACGGAUAGUUUGUGGCUUUUAGCAAAUGUCGUGUAACUUCUUUGUUUCUGGAUAUUAAGUGUUAUUCUGUGAUUGCUUGAGCCUCCAUAUAAGGAAAAUGGCUAUUAUUUCUCUUAAACUUUGUUUUGAUUUUUGCCUCGGACAGCUUACAAAAGACAUCUUGAAAGGUACCUGAAGGCUGCCAACUUUUGAAACAGUGUAUCAUAACUCUGGAUAAGGAGUUGGCACUGUUCAAGUACUUUCAAAACGUCUUCUCUAUACUGUGUGAGGCAAAGGUCAAACCAUAGUUAGAGGGGAAUAAUAGUUGAUAUUUAAAGAAUAGUUUAGCGGCAUAAACGAUAAAUAAUAUCACUUACCAAGAACAAAAGUUGUUACAUUGUGUAUUUGGAACAUAUUGCCAUCUUUUAUUGUUUAUCAGUCACAUUUUGUAUGCCUUGUACCUUGGAUUAAGUACUGUGCAAGUUGACAUAUUUUGGUAUUUUUAAUAUUCAUCCAGCACAUUAUCUAUGGCAUCACCAAUACUGUAUGAUAGAUCAACUUGUUGUUAAAGUGACUCGCUGACAAUAUUAAGUUACUGUAUACCAGAAUAUAUUUAUAUAUUACAUUGAUAAAUGUAAAUACAAUACAUUAAAUUUUCCUUUAACCCUCAAAGUGCUAUUAUCAUGAUGCAUUGAUGAUGCAAUAUGGUGAUCAUUAUAUGAUGAUGUAAUCUCAUGUCAGUGUUUGAAUUCUGAUGCUGCCCAUAUGGUUCCAAUAGCUUAGCAGUGUCUUGCAGCAGUCAUGGGAGGCCACAAUGUACUACACUUUAGUCACACCAACUUCAACUCUGGCUCCUAUCAUCAUAUAAUAAUUGUUGCAUGUAGGACUUGCCUGGCUCAACAAAAAAGAUCUUCACUGUAUAUAUUUGUUUGGUUUUCUUUUUGCUUGGGUAUACACAUUUCCGUAUACACAUACACAUAUACACCUUUUGAAUAUACAUACCGCAAGGGUGACGAAUGCCAGAAGGAUGUUGAACGCUUGCCUGGCCAAAUAAUGGCAGAUAUGACUUUUUCAUAUUUUUCAAUACAUGUCUACAAUUUCAUUAGAAAGUAGAAGUAAAUUAUUUUUUCCCCAUCAAAGGCAGGGGUAGCUAUUUUCAUAGCCACACUGAGGGUUAACAUACAGUUUACAAUAUUUGUAUUAAUUUUGUCUUCUGAAUGACCUGUAAUAUUCCACAUAAUAAUUUUCAACAUCUAGGAUCUGUUUGUUCUAUACAGUACUGUAUAUCUCUUUUUCUUAAUGUCAACAACCGUAGCUUUUGAUGUAUUAUUCCGUGUGUGUGCUCUACUUUCCAGGGCACAUGCUGCCUUUAGUCAUUAAGGGGUCAACAUUUAUCUGUCAUUGUAAUGAAAGGUAUCACAGUUGGUUCUUCUCUAACUUUAAGCUCUUACAGUUGCUUCUUUCUCAGGGAAGGUGAGGUGAUGUAGUUAUCAUACUGUUCAGUGAUGUGCAUAUACCGCUGAUGUUUCUUUCUCUAUUUCUUCAAGAUUAACUUGUCUCUUCAUAAUUCUUGUUAUAUGUAAGGUUAUAACAGGCAGCAGUCUUGCCUUGGUCUGUUCUUCAACAGGAAUGUAUUUUAAUUAAAAUAGUGUAUUUUUUAAAUAUGCUGAUAUGACAACAGUCAUGCAUCGAUUUGCUUUUCAAGAGAAAUAAUACUCCAAACAUUUGAAUUUUUCCAUGACCAUCAUAUCUAAAAUUGUUUUGCAUUAUAUAUGAACAUUACAACUCAGAUAAGUUAAUGCUCUGCAUUUCUUGGUUAAUUGUAGAAACUGAUAAAUAUAUACUGAGAGUUGAUACAAUGUGAGCAAAUAUUAUCACUGAAUGAUUAGUGUUGCUACUUGAAGCAAAUAUUGGAAUAAACACACUCAUCUUUCUUCUUAUCCUCACUAUCAUAUAUAGAUGGUUGUGUGUGUUCAGAUUUUCAUUAAAAUCAUAUUGUCAAAUAUAAUAAAUGCAUUGAAUAAUAUAUACUGUAUAUAUUUUUUGGGUAAGUCUACACAGAAUAAAUUUGUAUAUAAAGUAUGUAUGCAUUCCUGUGUGUGUGUAAUUGCUUAAGUGUAAUUAUGUAAGUGUAUUUGCAGGAUGAGAGAUACACUCGUUGUGCCACUUUUCCUCAGUGCUCUGUCACAUAACGCUUUGAAACUACUGACGGUUUUGGCCUCCACCGCCUUCUCACCUCUUCCAACCAUUUCCCACCCUGUGAAAGAUAAAUUUCCUAUAUUUUUUCGACAUCUUUGUUUCCUUAGUUUGAAUCUAUGACUUUUUAAACAUUCCUCUUUGUCUAUUUUGUUGAUUCCUGUUAUUAUUUUUAUCUAGUUAUCAUAUUGCCUCUUUUCCUUUUAUCUUAUAGCGUUCACAUAUUUAACACCUCUUGCCUCUCCCUGUAGCUAAUGUUUUUCAGUUAUGGAAGCCAUUUACUAGCAUGUAUUUGCACCCUUUCCAGUUCAUUGAGGUGCUUCUUGAGAUAUGGGCACCGUACAGCUGCUGCUUAUUUCAAAUUUGGUCUCACAAAAGUCAUGAACAGUUUCUUUAAUAUUUCACAUCCUUGAAUCAAAAGUGAUUCUUAAGUUGGAAAGCAUAGCAUAGGCUCCUCACACAUUGUCCGUUUUGUGGUCCUCUAGUGACAGUUUACCAUCCAGAACCACCCCUAAUCUCUUUGUCAGAGUUCUUUAAUGCAUUUUCACAUAAUUUUUAGGUUGUGUGUGACCUAUUUUCUCCUGUUCCACAUUCCAUAACAUGGCAUUUGUUCACAUUGAAUUACAUCUGCCAAGUGUUACUCCAUGCAGUUGUGUUUUGGUCAUCUUGAAGGACUUAAAAAUUGUCUAAGUCUCUUUAUCUUCCCUAUCUAACACCUUGAAAAUUUUUUCUACUUCAUCUCUAAGCACUUCUUUAGACUGUACUCUGUUGUUCUCUGAAAUCCAUAUUGUGUCUGGUUCUCUGAAAACCUAAUUUUGCUACAAACACACUUUGGAACUGUUCCUUUAGUGUAUCAUACAUUUCCUAUUCAUUUUUCGACAAUCUGUACUCCAUUUUCAACCUCUGAAUUUUAUGCUUUACAUGCAACCUACUUUUAAUAAAUUUAUAGAAUAUGCCUGGUUCUGUUUUACAUUCCUCUGCUAACCCUUUCUCAAAGUUUUUUCUGGCUCUCUCCUCAUAGCUGUAUAAUUAUUUCUUGCUUGUUUGUAUUGCUGGUAACCUGGUAUCUUGUAAAUUUUCCUCCUUCUUGUCGGCCUUGUGUGGCCACGAGUCAUGUCUCGUGGUUUCUUCUUUGUUAUUGUCCAAGUGUUGUUACAGGAUGAGAGCUAAGCUCAUGGUGUUCUAUCUUCCCACCAUUGUGAUAUUUGCAAUGCUCUCGCCUUCCUGACUAGUCCCCCUUUGUUUUUCUUUUCUAUGGGUAGGUAGCUUCAGGGAGCCGCAAGAAUUCCACUCAAAAAACCAGCAUUGAAUGUAAUGAAAUGCCAAUCAAUGGGUGAGCCCCAGUGGCUCCCUGACACCCUUUCUCCCCCAGAGAGUGGGGGGGGGGGGUUGGUGGUUUUUACCAUUAUUAUGGUGGUCGAGAGCAGAGCAGUGGGCUGACCCAGUCUGCCUCUCUCCUCUCCCCAAACGAGGGGAGGAGGUAGGGCAAUCUAGCUCGCACCAUUUUCAAAGGAAAAUGUCAGUGAUUUUAGGAGGAUAGGAAAAUGAGAAAGACAAAAAUUGCCCCGUAAGGGGUGACAUUUAAUGGAGGUAAACAAAUGACAGAAGUGCUUAGACAAGUCAGGAAAUUCCAGUGUGAUGAGGAAGGCAAACUUUGAUCAGUAGGACAAGAAUUUUCAAAGGAAGACAGAGAAAAGCUGAAAAUAAACUUUGAUGAAGCGAAACGUCUAAAUGGAAAUAGAAACAAAGAAAGAUUUUUUUUUCCUACAGUGUUAGGGACUAGAAAGCUAUUGAAGUAGACCAUAAAAAACAAAGCAACAAAAUCAUUAGAGGAAGGGAAAGUAAAGGAUAAAGAGAAAGGGAACAGGUUCCUGAAAAUUGUAUAUACCAACAUAGAUGGAGUGAGAUAAAAAAUACUGGAGCUAAGGGAUAUAAUUCAGCUUAACCAGUGCACUGCGCAACACGUCUUGAGGCUCUCGCGGGUGGUGCACAACGUGCCUCGGGGAUCUUAUAGGUAUAGCAUACGAUUCAAAACUGGCACGUGGUGACGCAGGUAUGAAAUAGAUGCCUGAGGCCUCCAGUAAUCAUCUCCCAUUUUGAAAAAAAUUUCCAGCAUGCCCCAGGACCAUGGGGAGCCUGGGUUUCAAGGAAGUAACCAUGUCUGACGCAUCAUCUAGGAGCUACGACCUAUGAGUCCACGGUCAGCCACGGUCCAGCAAAACGACUCUCAGAGGACCAAAUACAUGACAUAUUGUAUGAUGGACCCAUGGAUGACAAUUUAGACUACAGUCCUGAAAAAGACCUAACACAGAGGUCGGACACGAGUGAAGGGAAAGCCAAGGUGGACGAUGUCAUGAGUGUGUACCAUACACGCGCCUUGCCCAGCCUGCCUCACUGCCCUGGAUCAACACUGUUAGAGUCAUCAUCACCUUGUGUGAUCCCUGAUGUGAGUUUAUUUGGUGAUACUGUACUACAUUUGAUAAAUCAUUCUCAGGAUUCAGUGACAUAGGCUCCAAUACAAGCAGUGUUGAUGAUGCAAGUACAAGCAGUGAUGGUGUUACUAGUUACUUUUGCUGCCCCAGCAACACACUGAGGCAAGUGCCAGCAUGUCACGCGGCCAGAGGACAAUGAUGACAGUGUUCCCUCGACAUCAGGUGUUCGUGACAGGCCUUCACUGUGAAGAACACUCUCGUCUCCUGGCAUACCUAUACACAAGUCUAGCACAAGACGUCGAUGCUGUGUUUUUGGUGCUCAUGGUGGUGUUGGCCCCAAAACCAAAACUUGUGUGGGAGGAUUGUGAGAUUUUUGUCCCAUAAAUUCCAACGUAUGAUGGUACUGUACCGAUGUUGGUGUGACACCGUUGUUCCCCUAUACUAGUGGUGAUAUGGCUGAAAUAGAUUAUUUUAUGGCACAUUUUGAUCAGGAAUUCAUGGACCAUCUCAUUGCAGAGAUGAACAGAUAUGCUCACAGCCUCAUUGACUCUGGCAUUUUACCUGCCUCUCGCAUGACACGUUGGAAAGACACGACAAAUGAGGAAAUGUAUGUGUUUUUAGCGUUGUGCAUGAUGAUGAAACAUUCUGAAAAGCACGUGAUCCAGGAUUAUUGGAGCAAAGCCAGCCUUGUUCCAUCCCCCGUCUUCAACAGGUACAUGUCACAUGACAGGUUCAGGUUCGGGGACCUCAGGACAGGUCCCCCUUUAAUGCUCUGUAAUGUCGAUAAAUGCAGGACCUUGCAUGUGAAGCAUAAUAAUCCACAUCACAACUACAACAUUGACAGCACAACCUUACAACAGAUAGAUGAAGAAAAGGACCUUGGUAUCAGAAUCCAUCAUUCACUAAAAGUUGCACAAGUGGGAGUGGCAGUGAAAAAAACGAACCAAACCUUGGGAAUAAUCAAGUGUACCUUUACCUUCAAGGAAAAGAGAGUAGUCGUUCAACUAUUAUAAGGUACUGGUGGGCCCCCCACCUGUAUUAUUGCAUCCUAUAAUCAAUAAUCAAUAUUGCAUCUAGGGAAUAAUCAAGUGUACCUUUACAUUCAAGGAAAAGACAGUAGUUGUUCAACUCUUAUAAGGUACUGGUGGGCCCCCAACCUGUAUUAUUGCAUCCAAGCAUGUAGACCUCAUCUUCAGAAAGACAUAGCUGCUUUGGAGUAGGUACAACACUGGGCAACAAAAAUCAUACCAGAGCUUAGUCAUCUCUCGUAUCAGGAAUGGUUGAGGGCCACUGGGCUAACAACACUGCAGACAUGGCAUGACAGGGCAAAUCUAAUAGAAACCUUCAAAGUACUAAACAAUUUGGAUGAUGUUGAUCCAAACACUGUCUUCAAAAGGUCAGCUGUAACACGAACAAGGAGCAACGGGUUCAAGCUCAAAGCCACAAUGUAGAACAGAAAACAGGAGAUGCUUUUUCACCCAUAAGGUUGUAAACCUGAGGAAUCGCCUAUCCGCCAAGGCCAUAAAUGUCAAAACUCUGCUGGAUUUUAAAAUACAUACAGAUAUAAAAGAUCAUCCAGGCAAAUGGGGGGGGACCCUUGACAAGCCGCCAGCUUCCUGUCCUCAUUGAGGCCACUAGCAUUAGUGGCCCUCAGGUAAAUUCAGGUAAACGUGUCUCUUUGUAGUGUCUCAUCUUUGUUUAGACUGCUUGCAGUUUCUCUCCUCCCUGGUGAGUCCCUGUAUUUCUUCUGUUUCCGAGAGUAGUUAGCUUCUGGGAGACAUAAGGGCCCCUUUCCCUAACAGAAAACCAGUGUUGAAUGUAAUGAAAUGCCAAUUACUGGGUGAGAUAAUUUGUGUUGUAUGUACAGUGUCAUACAACACAGCAUACAUGGAUCAGAGAUCCACCAAUUUUUGGUGGCUCUCAGAUUCCCCCUUUCCCCACUCCAUUCAAGGUCAUUAGGUGGGGGGGCGUGUUUGUGCAUCUGCCCCAGAACCGAGUGCUCAAGCCCUUGGGUGGUAAGAGCCCCCUUUCCUCCCCAGUGAGUUGGGAAGGUGGGGCAAACGAGCACACAAUAGUUUUAAGAGAUUCAAUAAUUUGUUUACAUAGUUGAGGUUCAUUGGGCAGGUUGUAGGCUUUCUUCUCUUUUGAACCCAGUAGUAGUCUGUUUUGGUUCGGUGACUUUCUGGAUGCUUUUCCCGGUGAGGUGAUAUGACAUAAUUUCACCUGCCACUUGUGCCUCUGUAAAGGAAGGGCCAUAUUUUGACUCUGAUCCCCCAAUAAGCCUAAGAACUCCACAGCUGAUGUGACCUAGCAGUUGGGAACCAUCUCAGCAAGAUAGUUUCACAGAGGCAUCAUUGCAAGCCCAGAAAUUAGCAUUUCAUUAUAUUCUACGCUGGUUUUUGCUUUGGCUAGUACAGUAUUAUGUUUAAUAACUCUUAAGUAAGGUUAUGGUGACUAAAUACUGAAAAUACAAUCCUAGUGUUAGGAAUAAUUCACUUUAAACAUCAAUAAAAAUGGUCAUACAAAUAUUACAGUAUGACUAAUUGUCAACAUUUGCGAAGUGAAGUAUUAUAUUCGUCAUGAUACUUUAUGUUGUUGAUGCUAUACCUCUAAUAUUAUAUGUUGCAUGAUAUUGUACACAUUGUGUUGUAUGACACUGUAUAUGCUGUGUUGUAUGACACUGUAUAUGCUGUGUUGUAUGACACUGUACAUGUUGUGUUGCAUGACACUGUAUAUGCUGUGUUGUAUGACAUUGCACAUGCUGUGUUGUAUAACACUGUAUAUGCUGUGUUGUAUGACACUAUAUGCUGUGUUGUAUGACAUUGCACAUGCUGUGUUGUAUGACACUACAUGUUGUGUUGUAUUGGCACAGUACACAGUGUUGUAUGACACUGUAUAUGCUGUGUUGUAUGACACUGUGCACACUGUGUUGUAUGACACUGUGUUGUAUGACACUGUGCACACUGUGUUGUAUGACACUGUGCACACUGUGUUGUAUGACACUGUAUAUACUGUGUUGUAUGACACUGUACAUGUUGUGUUGUAUGACACUGUACAUGUUGUGUUGCAUGACACUGUAUAUGCUGUGUUGUAUGACAUUGCACAUGCUGUGUUGUAUAACACUGUAUAUGCUGUGUUGUAUGACACUACAUGUUGUGUUGUAUUGACACUGUACAUGUUGUGUUGUAUGACACUGUAUAUGCUGUGUUGUAUGACACUGUGCACACUGUUUUGUAUGACACUGUAUAUGCUGUUUUGUAUGACACUGUAUAUGCUGUGUUGUAUGACACUGUGCAUGUUGUGUUGUAUGACAUUGCACAUGCUGUGUUGUAUUGACACAGUACACAGUGUUGUAUGACACUGUAUAUGUUGUGUUGUAUGACACUGUAUAUGCUGUGUUGUAUGACACUACAUGUUGUGUUGUAUGACACUGUACAUGUGAUGUAUGACACAGUAUAGGCUGUGUUGUAUGACACUGUACAUGUUGUGUUGUAUGACACUGUACAUUGUGUUGUAUGACACUGUUGUAUGACACUGUACAGGUUGUGUUGUAUGACACUGUACAUGCUGUGUUGUAUGAUACUGUACAUGUUGUGUUGUAUGAGACAGUACAGGUUGUGUUGUAUGACACUGUACAGGUUGUGCUGUAUGACACUGUACAUGUUGUGUUGUAUGACACUUGUAUGACACUGUACAUGUUGUGUUGUAUGACACUGUACAGAUUGUGUUGUAUGAGACUGUACAUUGUGUUGUAUGACACUGUACAUGUUGUGUUGUAUGAUACUGUACACAUUGUGUUGUAUGACACUGUACAGUGUUGUAUGACUGUACAUUGUGUUGUAUGAAACUGUGCAUUGUAUUGUAUGACACUGUACAGGUUGUGUUGUAUGACACUGUGCAUUGUAUUGUAUGAUACUGUACAUGUUGUGUUGUAUGACACUAUUGUAUGAUACUGUACAUGUUGUGUUGUAUGAUACCUGUUUGAUGGGCUUCUGGGGGUUCUAAUACUUCCUAAACCCGACCCAAGACUAGGCUUGACUUGUGAGAGCUUGGUCCUACAUUGACACUGUACAGGUUGUGGUGUAUACCACUGUCCAUGCUGUGUUGUAUGACACUCCAUGCUGUGUUGUAUGACACUCCAUGCUGUGUUGUAUGACACUGUCCAUGCUGUGUUGUAUGACACUCCAUGCUGUGUUGUAUGACACUGUCCAUGCUGUGUUGUAUGACACUCCAUGCUGUGUUGUAUGACACUCCAUGCUGUGUUGUAUGACACUGUCCAUGCUGUGUUGUAUGACACUGUCCAUGCUGUGUUGUAUGACACUGUCCAUGCUGUGUUGUAUGACACUGUGCAUUGUGUUGUAUGACACUGUACAGGCUGUGUUGUAUACCACUGUCCAUGCUGUGUUGUAUGACACUGUCCAUGCUGUGUUGUAUGAUGCUGUGCAUUGUGUUGUAUGACACUGUACAGGCUGUGUUGUAUACCACUGUCCAUGCUGUGUUGUAUGACACUGUCCAUGCUGUGUUGUAUGAUACUGUGCAUUGUGUUGUAUGACACUGUACAGCUGUGUUGUAUACCACUGUCCAUGCUGUGUUGUAUGACACUGUUCAUGCUGUGUUGUAUGACACUGUGCAUUGUGUUGUAUGGCACUGUACAGCUGUGUUGUAUACCACUGUCCAUGCUGUGUUGUAUGACACUGUCCAUGCUGUGUUGUAUGAUACUGUGCAUUGUGUUGUAUGACACUGUACAGGUUGUGUUGCAUACCACUAUCCAUGCUGUGUUGUGUGACACUGUCCAUGCUGUGUUGUAUGACACUCCAUGCUGUGUUGUAUGACACUGUCCAUGCUGUGUUGUAUGACACUCCAUGCUGUGUUGUAUGACACUCCAUGCUGUGUUGUAUGACACUGUCCAUGCUGUGUUGUAUGACACUGUCCAUGCUGUGUUGUAUGACACUGUCCAUGCUGUGUUGUAUGACACUGUGCAUUGUGUUGUAUGACACUGUACAGGCUGUGUUGUAUACCACUGUCCAUGCUGUGUUGUAUGACACUGUCCAUGCUGUGUUGUAUGAUGCUGUGCAUUGUGUUGUAUGACACUGUACAGGCUGUGUUGUAUACCACUGUCCAUGCUGUGUUGUAUGACACUGUCCAUGCUGUGUUGUAUGAUACUGUGCAUUGUGUUGUAUGACACUGUACAGCUGUGUUGUAUACCACUGUCCAUGCUGUGUUGUAUGACACUGUUCAUGCUGUGUUGUAUGACACUGUGCAUUGUGUUGUAUGGCACUGUACAGCUGUGUUGUAUACCACUGUCCAUGCUGUGUUGUAUGACACUGUCCAUGCUGUGUUGUAUGAUACUGUGCAUUGUGUUGUAUGACACUGUACAGGUUGUGUUGCAUACCACUAUCCAUGCUGUGUUGUGUGACACUGUCCAUGCUGUGUUGUAUGACACUGUACUGGUUGUGUUGUAUGAAUCUGCAUUGUAUUGUAUGACACUGUACAGGUUGUGUUGUAUGACACUGUUCAGGUUGUGUUUUAUGACACUGUUCAGGUUGUGUUGUAUGACACUGUUCAGGUUGUGUUGUAUGAGACUGUUCAGGUUGUGUUGUAUGACACUGUUCAGGUUGUGUUGUAUGACACUGUUCAGGUUGUGUUGUAUGACACUGUUCAGGUUGUGUUGUAUGAGACUGUUCAGGUUGUGUUGUAUGACACUGUUCAGGUUGUGUUGUAUGAGACUGUUCAGGUUGUGUUGUAUGACACUGUUCAGGUUGUGUUGUAUGACACUGUUCAGGUUGUGUUGUAUGACAUUGUACAGGUUGUGUUGUAUGACACUGUGCAUUGUGUUGUAUGACAAUGUUCAGGUUGUGUUGUAUGACAUUGUACAGGUUGUGUUGUAUGACACUGUCCAUGCUGUGUUGUAUGACACUGUACAGGUUGUGUUGUAUACCACUGUCCAUGCUGUGUUGUAUGACACUGUGCAUUGUGUUGUAGAGCACUCUACAGGUUGUGUUGUAGAGCACUCUACAGGUUGUGUUGUAUGGCACUGUAUUUGCCAAUGUGACCAAAAAUAAUGACUGCAGCUCAUAUUGUACACCGCUUGGAAUGACUACAUUCACUCAUAUAAUGCCAUAGGUCCUACGAUGUGGAUAGUGACAUUCCAUAUCCACUGUGUGUGUGUUGUAAUAUUUAUUUUUAAGGUUUGUUAUAUAGAUGAAACCACUCUCUUAUUCUGAGAAUAAGAGAGUGAGAUAAUGAGCUAUCAAUAUCCACCACUAUUACAUAUGCUGGAUUCCUGGUGCCUAACAAACAUGUGAUAAGCACCUUUCAGUGGUGUUAAUACAACCAUUCUUUUUUUUUUUAUCUCGCAUAUUAAUUUUACCUAGAAUAUUUAUAUCCUAAUUUGAAAAUAGUUCAUAAAGAGUAGUUAAUUAUUUUAAAUGAAUUUUGUCAUCUAGAGUUUUAAGACAAACAUGUUGGUUUGAGACCUGUUUAUCUGGUAUCUCAUUAUAACUGGUUGAUAUCCUUUGUAUGUUAGAAUAUUUUGUCAACUCGCCUGAUGAAAAACAUUUUGUUUCAGUCAAUAGAUGGAAUGAAAUCAAAGGAGGGUACCUCAGGAUUUGAAUUUUGAUGUUUUGAAGCAACAAAAGUGUGUCAUAUAUGAAUAUCUGGCUUGCAGAGUGAUGGAUCAAGUUUAAUAAUGAAAAGUGUGAACAAAUUGUAAAUAUUGAAUCAAUAAAACUACAUUUUAAGUGAAUCUUCCAAAUUGUUAUAUGAUGACAUGUGGUGUAGUGUUCUCUGAGCCUUUGUUUUGAGAUACUGGUGCUGAUGGUGGUACAUUGACAUAAUGUUUUCUAGUUAUAGCCACCAGUAAUGUGACUAGAGGAUGGCAUAUCUCUUGAGAGUCGGCCACACUCAUCAACCAGUCAAACCAUAUACAAAUCUAGUAAAUGGAUAUUGUAAUUGUGUGUGAAGGCAACCUAAGCUGUGUAUCAACAAGUUUUGGCCUGGGAUUUACUGGGAUAAAGAUGUUAAAUCAGUUUGAAACUCCAUCACACUGUAUGUCAUAUAUUGCAUUACUAAUAUCAAAAUGAUUUUGUAAGAAUAUAAUAAAUUAGUAAACCAUUAUAUAAAUCACUGGCUAAUUAAAAAAAUAUGAAUUGUUUAAUGUUUUCAUAUAUGCUAAUGCCAGACUGGUAUUUAAAUAACACCUACAGAUAAAGCUGUCCAGGUAUAGAUAAGGUAAGCAGAUAUUUAAAGUAUCUUUUACUAGUUAUUUAAUUAUAGUCAACAUUUUGUGUAUAUAUUAAGUGAUAAGUUACAAAUAUGUAUAUAUCUAGUAUUGUACAUGUAGAUCUUGUAUAGAAAUGUUGUUAUCUUGUUAGUUAUCUGUUGAACAUAUUAUUUUUCAUCACUACUCUAUAAUCAAAUUAAGGUUUUAUACCAGUAUUAUUGUAUUGUAAUACUGGGCAACUGUAUUUACAACAUGUUUAUUCAAAGUAUAAGAGCAGUUUGGUGUAUUCCUUCUUGGAACAUUAUAUUAUCUCCCAACAUCCAGUACUGUACAAAGCAAUAUGAAGAAAUUAUUUUAGGUUCACUUACUCAAAUGAGAGUGGCUAGUCCUUGUUUAUCACCACUUGGAUGAAACUUUAGUUAGUAUGAAAAUGGAUGAAUAAUAUUUAUACUGUACAUGGUUUUACUAAAUUUAUUUAAAACAAAAAAGUGUGUUGUUGUAGGUGUAAUAUGGAGAUAAAUGCCAGGCUUAUCAUAGCAUGCAUUCUGGGAAUUAGACAAGCAUAGUAAGAGAAAUGUUCAUGCUACCAAUUGUUUUAGCAUUUAUAAUAUUUUGAUAUAUGUGUACUGUAUUUACUGUUCAUUAAUUUAUUAAUAAAAUACAUACCAAUA